UUUAUAUAUUUUUUUGGUAACAUUGUAAAAUUGCUUGGUGCUCUUCGCAAUUUGCGACGUUCACUUUACCGAACGAGUAAAAUGGGUUUGAGCUUCGUCCCCUUGAUCGACGCCUACAUCCGCCGAUGCUACGUCUCCGCGGGUCUCCGCCCCAGCUCCGUCGCCAUCGACGACGAAACCACGAUCCACUGCUGGAUCCCCAGCGCUAACCCUAACCCUAACCCUAAGCCGGCUCUCGUGCUCAUCCACGGGUUCGGGCCGCGGGCGACGUGGCAGUGGCGGUGGCAGGUGGGGGCGCUGGCGCCGCACUUCCACCUCGUCGUCCCCGACCUCCUAUUCUUCGGCGGGUCGUCGACGCGGUCGCCGCUCCGGUCCGAGGCGUUCCAGGCGGCGGCGGUCGCGCGGCUCCUGGAGGCGCUGGGGCUGCUGGGCGGCGCGGGGCGCGUGGCCGUGGCGGGGACGAGCUACGGGGGGUUCGUGGCGUACCACCUGGCGCGGGCGCUCGGGGCGGAGCGGGUGGAGCGGGUCGUCAUCGCGAGCUCCGACGUGCUCAAGGCCGAGGCGGACGACCGCGAGCUGGCGCGGCGCGGCGGCGUCGGCGGCGUGGCGGAGCUCAUGCUCCCGCGGGACGCGGCGAGCCUCCGCGCCCUCGUCGGCCUCGCCUUCUACCGCGCGCCGAGAUUCGUGCCGGAGUUCGUGCUGCGCGACGUCAUUCGGAAUCUUUUGAGCGACAGACUCAAAGAAAAGAUGGAACUCAUAAAGGGACUAACUCUCGGCAAAGAUGAGUUUCAGCUUACUCCUCUCUCUCAGGAGGUUCUGAUCAUCUGGGGGGAGCACGACCAAAUUUUUCCGGUGGAGAAGGCGUUCGAGUUGAAAAGAUGCCUGGGAGAGAAGGCUAGGUUGGAAAUUUUGGAUAGAACAGGGCAUGUGCCGCAGAUGGAGCGUCCAAAUAAAUUUAACAAGGUUCUGCUCAACUUCUUGCUGGGUUCUCCGAGACCUUCAUUGUGAACUGCGACACAAAUUUUAUGCUUGAAUAAUUAUUUCUCUGUCGGAAUUAUAAAGGUCAAGGAUUCGAAUUCUCAUCGUGCGUGUUAAGAAAAGGGAUCUGCUUUUAGAAUUAUAUAUUGUAUCAAACUCUUUCGUAGGGUUUUGAGGCACGAAGUUUAUGAAAAACUUCAAACAAAAAUGGAGAAAAAAGAAAAUGUUAGUAUAUUCACACCUGAAUGGAGUGUUUGUCUCCGGUGUUUGAAUAAACCUGUGUGAAGUAAUUAUAGCAGUUUAAUUUUUAAAUUAUCUUA